AUGAAAUAUCUCACUGCGACCUUAUGGCCCUCGCACAAUGUCGGCGUGACCACCUACUGCCUAGCGGCGGCAGGCGGUGGAAGCCUUACCAGGGGUGCUCUCGACAAGGGGAAUCUCAAUCCUAGCGAUUUCAUCUUCUCGUGUAAGCAGAAAGAGGUAAUCGUGCGAGAACCUGGUAGCAUCGGUGGACAGCAAUUCAUAGUGGAGGAGUGCUCGGAGUGCGAGGUGUACCUUCUGGAUCACACCGCAGCACUCACCAUCGACCUAUGCACAGACUGCAGGAUUAUCGCGGGGCCUUGCGAGAGCAGUGUGUUUAUUCGGGACUGCAAGGACUGCACCGUGGUGGUGGCCUGCCAGCAGUUCCGCGCCCGGGACUGCACGGACUGCACCUUCUUUUUGUUCAGUGCCACCCAGCCCGUGAUUGAGUCCUCCGUGGGGCUCCGGUUCGGCUGCUAUACGCUGGAUUACUUCAGUCUGGCUGGCCAGUUCGCGGCAGCCAAGCUAAGCGUAUGGAACAACAGGUGGAGCCAGAUACAUAAUUUUACCGGAGGGGGCGACGGGGAUUGGUCGUGCCUUCCCGAAGGAUCCCACCACAGGGACUUCACCACACGCAGCCUGCCGGAGGCCUCGAGGCAAAGAGUGGGGUACACAGAAAAUACUCACGGAGCAGUCGUCCCUAUUACUGCGGGGAUGAGGGGUUUUACGGAGGCCGAAGAGACCUGCUUCAUCGUGGUGAUGCCGGGGCACAUCGACGCCGUUCUGGGGAAGCUGCUGGCCGUAGGAGGCGGGGGAGACUCCCCGAUAUCGGCGACGACGUCAAGGCUGCUGAGGACUAAGCUCUUCCGCCCGCAAAUGGCCCAAAGCAAGACCUUCUUCUCCGGAGCCCCAUCCUCCAUGGCCGAACUUGCGUCCUCCUUCCCCGUGCUGGGUAUGCAGUGGGCUGGCCCUGGUAGUGCCGAGGCGGCCGUGUCCUUGCUGGCAGCCGCAGGAGUUUCCGUUCCCCCGUCGCCAGCGACGCCCACCCCGCCGCCGCCGAACGAGAGUAGUGCCACAAAGGGAAAGAAGUCCAAGGAAAAAGCCAACAACUCCGCCGACAUCGGAGCCGGGAAUGGCACUUCCGAGUACUACAUGGUCGCUGGUAGAGGCGACGGUGGCGGUAACGAUGACGGCAGGAGCGGUAGUGAGUCAUCAGCUGCAAAGGCUAGGGUGUUCUUCGAGCAGUGGGACGAAGACAAAGGAACGCCUCUGGGUUCUUGA